AUGCCCCUGAGAAUGAAUACGACUGACCACGAUCAGUUGCUCAAGUUUGUCCUGACUGAGUUCAACGAUGCGUUACUUCUCAACGAUGAGCGCAUAUUCCCUCUCGAUCCUAUGACUCUCAACAUAAACGCGAAGCAGGUCACCACCGAGGUGGAGCAGGAAGAGACGGCUGCGGAUUCCGAAGACGCCUCAAAUCCGAACAGACACCGGAGGAUACUGUUCCCCCUACAAUACGAGCAUACCAUCUUUCGCGCUGAGGAGCCUGAACUUUGGUGGCUUCAGUUCAAUGUGACGGGCUUGCCCUGGGGAGAGAACGCUGAGCCAAUCAAAUUGGGCCAGAAGAUUGUGCAGGUCUUGAUGCGCAAGGAGUACGAUGAGAACUUGAUCGGCGAAUACAUACUCUCCAUCGAAGACGUACAGGUCGUCUCCGUGAAGGACAAGUCGCAGCCGCCUAGGAUGAAGUGCGGCAAACUGGCCAUGAUGCGAACAACUUUUGACCCACGUGAAUGGGACGAGUACGGUAAAUUUGGCACGUUGUCGAGGGCCUGGAACGCUUUUGUUGGCAGAAUACAGGUUGGAAAGGAUGCCCUACUUCUCCCGCUCUUUGCACUGCUUGCGGCUAGCCUCGUCAUGGCACGUCGCCUGUUUCUGCAGAGACAGCAGGAAAAGCCUGGCACAGACUCUGAGGCCGAGACUGCUCUGUUGGGCCGAGAUGCGCCUCCGCCAUACGCAGACAUACCUGUGAUCAAGAUUGAAGAGUAUGAUUAG